GACAGUCGCUCUCCUUACUUCGUGUCCAUAAACCACCGAACGCGGAACGGUAAUAUAGGGUAUCACUUGUUUAAAAAUAAACGUACCGUUAAAAUUUUUUGGCGCUAUUCGAAAAAUGGAAUCUGUGAAAAAUGAACUAAAAAAUGAUACUAUGGUUUCUAAUGAAACGAGAAUUGAUCAGUUUUAUUUUUAUGAGGUAGAACAAUAUACAGUCCUGUGGUUGUUACUUAUUGUGAUAGUAGCUGGGAAUUUAGGAGUUAUCUAUACAUUGACCAUAGGUGGAGCAAGAAAAAGUAGAAUGAACUAUUUUAUUGCUCAUUUAGCAUUUGCAGAUCUUGCAGUUGGACUCAUAACUGUUUUGACAGAUUUAAUUUGGAGGAUAACAGUUAGUUGGUAUGCCGGAAAUAUUGCAUGCAAAAUAAUAAAAUUUCUUCAGGUCGUAGUCACAUAUGCAUCAACAUAUGUUUUGGUGGCCUUGAGUAUAGACAGAUACGAUGCGAUAAGGCAUCCGAUGAAGUUUUCUGGCAGUUGGAGAAGAGCGAAAUGUUUGAUAAUAGCUGCUUGGUUAGUUAGUGUUUUAUUCGCGAUACCAAUAUUAAUAUUAUAUGAAGAGAAAUCGAUUCAAGGACAAACUCAAUGUUGGCUAGAGUUCUCGGCACAAUGGAUGUGGAAACUUUAUAUGACUUUGGUUUCUAUAAGUCUAUUUUGUAUACCAGCUAUCAUCAUCUCAACUUGUUAUGCGAUUAUCAUAGUCACAAUUUGGACUAAGAGUACUACUACUUUCCAUAACUAUAAGAAUAAGACAAGUGGAGAAAAAUCAGGUUCGGACAACUUGCGGAGAGCCAGUUCAAGAGGAAUUAUACCGAAGGCAAAAAUCAAGACUAUUAAAAUUACUUUUGUGAUAGUAUCAGUUUUUAUUCUAUGCUGGAGUCCCUACAUGAUUUUUGAUCUUCUUCAAGUAUACGAACAGAUACCUCAGACUCAAACCAAUAUUGCGAUAGCAACAUUCGUACAAAGUUUAGCGCCGCUGAAUUCUGCAGCAAAUCCCAUUAUUUACUAUAUAUUUUCAACGCACUUUUGCCGAAGUAUAUGGAUAUUACCGCCGUGUAAAUGGAUAUGCAGGAAAAGGAAACGCAAACCUAGAGAUUCUACCAUUACUACGCAAAGCAGUAGUUUAUCAGAAUUUUUAACCAAUAAUCAUAAAAAAAGAAAUGGAACGAAUGUUCGCACUCAUACAGUAUUAAUAAAUGCCUAGAAAUCAAUAUUCUAUUUUGAAAAAUUAUAUGUCUAUUAAUGUUGUGUAAUAUAUGUUUUGAAAAUGAAA